UUCUCCUGAAUGACUUGCUUUCGCGUAGCACUUGAUCGUUCCUUUAAGUACUAGAAGUUCUCUACAUCUAACAAAUCUUUGCAGGUGAUAAAUAAUCCCAAACAAGUGGUAGAAAGCUACGCAAACAUAAAUACGGAUUUGUAUCUUGCGGCGCUUUUGGAGUUUGUGGGGUGAAAAGGCGGGUUACGGUGCAGUUCAUUCAUUCAGUGGUAAUUGGUGGAGCAUUCUUUCUUACCAAUGAGGUUUUGUUGUUGGACGUCUUUGGCUGUCGUUUUGGCGGUAUUUCUUGGAUUUUAUGAGAAUGUUUGUGCAAAGGGAACUUUAUCUAUUCAGUUGCUAGAUUACAAUAAUCCCCGUUCAAAAGAUUACAAUGGAGAUUGCUGUGACUGUUGCAGUUUUUUCGGGUCGUGCCCAAAUGAUUGUGAAAACUUUUUUAAGCUGACUGUUACCAAAUAUCCAUACACAGUCUUCACUGCUCUCUCACCGUGGGUUCGAUGGGAGACUUACAUCAUGGGAGAUGACAGUUUUUCUUUUCCCGGAUUUGGUGACACUGUUGGUAAUGGUCUUACAAACCCCUUGAUAUAUCAUUUCAAUCAAAGAUGGCCGGGUGCAUUUUCUAUUGCUCUGGAUGUGUGGGACUCAGAUUCUGGCAAUUUUCUUGGUAUUGGAUCUGCAGAUGAUCUUAUUGAUGUAAUUCAAUCAGACAUUUCUACUGCACCAGCGCAGAAAGAUUUACAAAGUUCUGUAGCUAAAACAAUUACACUGACAGGCAAGAGGUCAAGCACAAGAAUUUUGGUCCGCAUUUACUGUGAUGCUAAUUAUUAUGGAACAGACUGUAAUACAUAUUGUGUUGGGCGGGAUGAUAGCAGCGGCCACUACAAGUGUGAUGGCCAAACUGGUAACAAGGUCUGCUUAUCAGGCUGGAGAGGAAGUAACUGUCUGAUACCGAUAUGUUCCCAUGGGUGUGAUCCAAAUCAUGGUUCUUGUACAAAGCCCAAUACUUGCAACUGUGAAGAUGGUUGGCAGGGUGCUCGUUGUGCAACAUGUGUAAAGAAACCAGGAUGUACUGCUAAUGGUUUCUGUGUAAAUGGGAAUGACUGUGUUUGUAGUCCAGAUUGGACAGGGUCUGACUGUGGACAAGACCUUAACCGUUGCCGAGAUACAAGCCUUUGUAAAAAUGGUGGUACUUGUAUCAACACUGACCCUGAUAAGUUCCGGUGUGAUUGCCAACCUGGCUUUACUGGUGACCAGUGCCAAACUGAAAUUGAUCUUUGUGCCAGUCAUCCAUGUGAAAACAAUGGAACAUGUAAAAACUUCCGUACAUAUUACACAUGCUCUUGUCCUCCUGGAUUUCAAGGUGUCAACUGUGAGACAGAUAUUGAUGAAUGUAAGCAAGACAAGUGCAGAAAUGGAGCUACAUGCAAAGAUAUGGUUAAUUCUUAUGAGUGUUCCUGUGCACCGGGUUAUACUGGUGGCGACUGUGAACAUAACAUUGAUGACUGCCAAGGAUCUCCAUGUCAAAACAAUGGAACUUGCAUUGAUCAGAUCAAUGCUUACAGAUGUGUCUGUCGUCAAGGUUUUAAUGGUAGCAAUUGUGAGACAAACAUUGAUGACUGUACACCCGCUGCCUGUAGCAAUGGAGGAACUUGUCAUGAUGAGGUAAAUAACUUCCGCUGUAGUUGUUCAGAAGGAUACCUUGGAAGGACCUGUAGUAAUGCCACAGAUGAGUGUUCUACUAUGCCAUGCCAAAAUGGAGCAACUUGUACUGAUUUGCAUCGUGACUACAAUUGCUCAUGUCCUGCUGGUUUUAUGGGCAAAGAUUGUGAAACCAACAUCAAUGACUGCAUUUCACCAUCGCUGUGUGACCAUGGAGUCUGUCAAGAUGGCAUCAACAACUUCACUUGUGACUGUCAUGAAGGAUAUACAGGACGGCAUUGUGAGAUCAACAUAGAUGAUUGUCAGGGUAAUAUGUGUGUGAAUGGGGCCACAUGCGAGGAUGGAAUAGCGCAGUACUCAUGCAAGUGUGCCCAGGGCUUUGAGGGAAUUUAUUGCCAAAACAACACUGAUGAUUGUGUAUCAGCUGUUUGUCUGAAUAAUGCAACUUGUGUGGAUCAGAUUGCAAAUUACACUUGCAACUGUAGUCUGGGCUUUACAGGUCGUCAUUGUGAGUCCCCAAUAGACUACUGUGCAGAGAGGGGUUGUAACAAUAGUGGGACCUGUAUCAAUGAGCGUGCUGAUCGACGUUGUCUCUGUCCUCCUGGGUACAAUGGUUCUAGUUGUGAAAUUGACCCUUGUAUGAUGAGACCCUGUAACAAUGGCACUUGUACUUUGAGAAGUGAUGGUGGCUACAAAUGCAACUGUCAUGAAAUCUUCACAGGGCCACACUGUGAAAUUGACAUUGACUACUGUGAUCCUAGAAAUGACAUAUUUUCCCAAGAGGGUCAGGGAUCAUGGACAGAGUUUGGUUACUGUGGACAGUAUGGAACAUGUGUUGAUGGUGUCACAUCAUAUUCAUGUCAAUGUGACAGGGGCUGGACUGGAAAAAAGUGUGAUGUUGAUAUAAAUGAGUGCGCCCCAAAUCCAUGUCAGAAUGGGGGGCAAUGCGUGGAGCAAUUUAAUGCAACUUAUGUAUGUGGGUGUGCUGCAGGCUAUGCUGGAGUGAAUUGUACAGAAAAUAUUGAUGACUGUAGAAAUAAUUCGUGCCAGCAUGGCUCCACUUGUUUGGACAGACUUCAUGGGUAUGAUUGCAUCUGCCCAUCUGGACUGAAAGGAAUUCACUGCCAGUCAAACUCAUCUUGGUGUCAAGAUCCCAGUCCAUGUCUUAAUGGUAACUGUACAGAUGUAGGAGAUAAUUUUACCUGCAGCUGUGAAGAUGGUUUUGAAGGAGAUAGGUGUGAAAUUGAUAUCAAUGAGUGUGUAAACUCAUCUCAACUUUGUGGUCAAAAUUCUGUUUGUCUGGACCUGCCAGGUGGCUUUAAGUGUCAAUGUAACGAUGAUUACACUGGGGAACGCUGUAGCACAAGAAUCAAUGAUUGUGAGCCAGACUCAUGUAUGAAUGGUGGUACAUGUGUAGAUGGUGUGCGAUCUUUCACCUGUAAAUGCAUCAAGGGCUUUUAUGGGGACAGAUGUGAACAGGGCCAAGAUAUCAAUGAGUGUGAGGCAGCAGACUCUCCUUGUCCAGCAGGACAUAAUUGCAUCAACAAUUUGGGAAGCUAUGCUUGUUAUUGUCCAAGGGGAUUUGAAGGCUCAGCCUGUGAAAUUAAUACUGAUGAUUGUAAACCUUCAGUUUGUCAGCAUGGAGGAAAGUGUACUGACAAAGUGAAUGAUUACGUGUGUGAUUGUUGUCCAGGAUGGAGUGGCAAGAACUGCUCACAGUUUAAUAGUGAAGACGAUGUCUGUGGUUGUGACCAGGGAUUAUGUGAAUGCAACAAGGAAACUCAGACCAGUUUUUGUGACUGUUUUGAGGGAUUUGAAGGUAAUUUUAUUAUUCUAUUAUUUUCUGGCUCUAAGCCACUUCAUUAG